UGCGUGGUUGGUACCAUCUCCAAAUAUCAGAGAUAAAAGAGCGUAUUUUGUCUCCGGGAGAACGUGCAGGCCGCGACGCUUUCGAUAUAGGCACACGAAAUUGGCUGGGCGGAGUCAAAAGAGGGGGGAAGAGUGCAGAAACUCGGGCGUGGAAGUGGAGAGAGAAGCCGCUUUUCGUCUCUCCCUGUCUGCGUCUCGUCUCUCUCGUUUUUCUCAGCUCUCUCUCUCGGUCUUCUUUGUCUUCUCUCGGGGCCUCUGUGUGGCUUUGUCGUCUGCGCCUCGCCGAGCGCGGGCGAGGUUGGAGCAGCCAGGGAAUGAGUCGGUUUUCGCAGAAAGAUGUGAAAGCGUCCGCGUGCAGACGAGAAAGCACAGGAAGCAAGCGUUCCACCUUUUUGGGUGUCUUUACACCCGAAAAGCGGCGAGUGUUUUCGAGCGCUGCCUCGUCUUCCUCCUCGACCUUGUCCUGGGCCCCACGCAGGUUUGCAGGCGACUUUGCGGGUCUCUCCAUGCGCCGCAUGCGUCUUUUUUUCUUUUUCCUGUCGACUCUCGGACACCGAGACGCAGAGGUUCAUCUGUGCGAGUCUGUUCUUCGCAGAAAAAGGCGAGUCCGUGUGUCGAAGCAAGCCAUCGCUGCAUGUGGCUACAACUUCUCGUUCGGUGUCGGCUCUGCGCUCCUCUCGCCCUCGACUGGCUUGGUCCUUGUUGCCUCUCUCGCUCGUUGUGUCUUCUUUUCCGGUCUCUCUGCUUCCUGUAGAGGCACACGUCUUUCUUCGGAUGUCUCCCGCUUUCCCCUUGAACAGGAAGACAGGAGACGCUCUCUUCUCCCAGAGAUAAGCCGCGGGCGAACAAAGACCUCUUCAUGCACAGAGAAGGAGCUGGCGAGAAGGUUUCUGCAGCUCAGUCGAUCUCUUCUGAAAUCCACCAACGCAGACAGACGAAAAUGGAGAAGGAAAGGAAAGCAACAAGUUAGGAGGCAGGAGGGAGCAAAGCUCGGACGCCCAGCCCCUGCUGUCUCCGAUCUGCGGCAACGACCUGAGACACCAGCAGACACGUUCUGCGCCCAGAAACUCCUGUUGCCGUCCUGAGGAACUCUUUCGUCCUUGUCUCUCUCCUCCACUUCUUCUUGGUCUGCUCUCCCCUACGCGACCUUCGCCUCGGGCAGCCUCUCCUCUCUUCUUUCCUUCUCAUCAACCUGCGCUCGACUUCUCUCUCGUGUCUGAGAACAGUCGACCUCGUCUGCCUUCCUCGUCACCCGCA